CGUCAGCCUUUGUUUACACCUGAAAGCCCGCGGCUCCGGGAUCGGGACUCGGACCGAACUCGUGUUGUGUUGCUCUCUCAACAUUAACACCUUCCCCCAUUAUUUUGCACAGCCCCGGGGACCGCCGUUACAACCCAUUCAUUCUACAGAUUGGUACUUUUGUUUACCACACACUCUCCCCUCAACAAAAGAAAAAAAUAACACACCACCAUGUUAUCAGAUACAAGCUAAUGUGUUCGACAGAAACGACGACCCAGGGACAGACGAGACAAAAAGAAAAGAGCAUUAUCCACCGCCGGCAGCGCAGAAACAACGGGGAGAUCAAGAUGCCGAGGCGCAGGGAGAGCUUCCUCUUGCUCGAACAGGCCGUCACGGUCGACUCGAAGGAGAUCGACGCCUUAGUGGCUAAAAUCGGGGAGACGUUGCAGUUCCAGCGGAUGCCGCACGGUACGAAGCAGCAGCAGCAACAACAACAGCAGCAACAACAGCAACAGCAGAGCCAGCAACUACAGUAUCAGCAGCGGUUGUACCCCCAGCACCAGCAGGAGCCCCGAGUCUCCGCCAAGUGCGGCCUGUGUUGCAUCGAGCGCUGGAAGGUGCCCAGUCGCAACAAACCGUACAGCGUGCCGCACCGGCUCCGGGAGGCGGCGGCGGCGGCGAACACAGCCAAGAGCAGCCAGCACACCAUGCGUCCGUCCCCGGAGUGCGGCCCGCGGCAGCCCGCUCACCAGAAACUCGAGCAGCUCUUGUCGUCCGGUAACCUGAUCAAAGAGGCGGUGAGACGCCUCCACAGCCGGCACCACUAUGCACACAUCUACUCCGAGAAGCUCACUCUGUAGCGGAGAAGACAUUCGCAACAACCACCCCCCGGGGAUGGGGAGGGUAAUGCUGCAGAAUACAACCGGAGACAGAAAAGGUGAAGACAGAAAUAAAUCUACAAUUUGAAACAACCUCGAUCAUUUUUUUAUGAGCAACGGUGGCUGACUGUAUUGAGAAAAUAAAACACGUCGAAACGAUGACCACACUCGAAUUUGAUGCAGGGCUACCGUGUGAAAUUUGAAAGCUUAUUUUUUAUAUAUGUUUUGUCUUAACGCACUGUAUGAUAUUCUUAGGGAGGUUAAUAAAACCCUUGGGAUCCACUUUUGCACCAG